AAAAAAAUCUAUAUUUUGAGUGUUUUCAUUUUCCCAUAAUUUAUAGAAAUUGAACCAAACAGUAGAUUAGUCUUGGUGACCAAGGCCUUCGAGUAUCCGUGCAAAAAAUUCGUCAUUUCACAAGUAAUUUGAUUGCUUGCGGACCGCCUCUAGAUCUCUUCCUCCUUCGCAACCUCAAGAAUGAUCCGAUUCAUUCUGCUUCAAAAUAGACAAGGAAAGACUCGGCUGGCCAAAUACUACAUCCCGCUCGAGGAAUCUGAGAAGCACAGGGUCGAAUACGAGGUUCAUCGGUUGGUCGUCAACAGGGAUCCCAAAUUUACCAAUUUUGUUGAGUUCCGGACACACAAGGUUAUCUACAGAAGAUAUGCUGGACUCUUCUUUUCUAUGUGUGUUGAUAUCACUGAUAAUGAGCUUGCAUACUUGGAGUGCAUCCAUUUGUUUGUAGAGAUAUUAGAUCAUUUCUUCAGCAAUGUUUGUGAGCUGGAUCUGGUAUUUAAUUUCCACAAGGUAUAUUUGAUACUUGAUGAAUUCAUUCUAGCUGGGGAGCUGCAAGAAACUAGCAAGAGGGCUAUCAUUGAGAGAAUGGGGGAAUUGGAAAAGCAAGAAUGAGAACAUGAUCAUAUAGUUUCAAGGGCUGAAUUAUGACAUGCUUGAGUUAUAUGUUAGUAUCACAUGUAACUCCAGGGUAUUUCACCCUUAGAAAGGUCUUUCAAGAGAGAACUUAAUAGGUCUACAUUCAUUAUUCGGUCGGUUAAUUUGUGGAAUUUAUCAAACGUUUCUGCAGACUUGGGGGUUAUAUUGCUCAAACAUACAUAAACAUCUUGUAUUUAUCUUUUUCAUAAGAUCUGUAUUAUAUAUUCAUUAUCUCACAAUUGCUGAGAAGUUGUUUAGUUGAGGUUUGGAGCUGCAAAACUUGCUGGCCACAAUUUGUAUUUCCAGCUGACGGCAGUUAUUGAAAUUCAUCUGAUUGCGCU